AUGGCGCACAUUUUCGACGUCGGGACGCGGGCGUGGCAGCCAGACACCGCAGAGGGCUGGGUUGCCUCCGAGGUCACUGACAAGCAGGUAGCCGGCGACAAAGUCACGCUGGUCUUCACCGUCGAGAACGGCGAGACCAAGACUGUCGAAACGACGCUCGCCGCCAUCCAGGAUGGCAACGACCCGAACUUGCCGCCGUUGAUGAACCCGGCCAUGCUCGAAGCCAGCGAUGAUCUUACGAAUCUCUCACAUCUUAACGAGCCGGCCGUGCUCCAGGCCAUCAAGCUGCGAUAUGCGCAGAAGGAGAUUUACACAUAUUCCGGUAUCGUGCUGAUAGCAGCGAAUCCGUUCGCUAGGGUCGACUCUCUAUAUGUACCUGGAAUGGUGCAGGUCUAUGCCGGAAAGCAGAGGUCCUACGGCGCACCGCAUCUGUUCGCUAUCGCUGAAGAAGCUUUUGCAGACAUGUUGCGAGACGAUAAGAACCAGACCAUUGUUGUGUCUGGUGAAUCCGGUGCAGGUAAAACUGUCAGCGCCAAAUACAUCAUGCGAUAUUUUGCGACCCGAGAGUCCCCCGACAACCCCGGCAAGCGGAGAGGCAAAGCAGACUCUAUGAGCGAAACAGAAGAGCAGAUUUUGGCAACCAACCCGAUCAUGGAAGCCUUCGGUAACGCGAAAACGACCCGUAACGAUAAUUCCUCCCGCUUCGGUAAAUACAUCGAGAUCAUGUUCAACAAAGAGACAGACAUCACAGGUGCAAAGAUACGGACAUAUUUGCUUGAGCGGUCACGAUUGGUGUUUCAGCCACUGAAGGAACGAAACUACCAUAUCUUCUACCAGCUGAUCAAGGGAGCGACGGACGCGGAAACCCAAGAGCUAUCUCUGAAGUCUGUAGAGGAGUUCAGCUAUCUCAAUCAAGGAAGCUCUCCGACCAUCGACGGUGUGGACGACAAGGCAGAAUUCGAUGCCACGCGGAAAUCGCUGACGACCAUUGGUGUUCCACCUGAAACACAAUCCCAGCUCUGGCGACUACUUGCUGCGCUCUUGCAUAUCGGAGAUAUUCAGAUCACGGCUACCCGCACAGAUUCCGCACUUGAUCCCACCGAACCUUCCCUUUUGAAGGCUUGCGAGUUGCUUGGCAUCAACGCUGCAAACUUCGCCAAAUGGACAGUCAAGAAGCAGCUAAUAACACGAGGCGAGAAGAUUGUGUCGAAUCUUACCAAGCAGGCUGCCGUUGUUGUUCGAGAUUCCGUGGCCAAAUUCAUUUAUUCAAGCUUGUUCGACUGGCUUGUUGAGCGUACCAACGAGAGCUUGGCCACCGAGGAAGUCAUCGCAAACGCCAAGACGUUCAUCGGUGUGCUUGAUAUCUACGGCUUCGAGCAUUUUGCAAAGAACUCCUUUGAACAGUUCUGUAUCAACUACGCCAACGAGAAGCUGCAGCAAGAGUUUAACCAGCACGUCUUUAAAUUAGAGCAAGAAGAAUAUCUCCGAGAGGAGAUCGACUGGACGUUCAUUGACUUUGCGGACAACCAAAAAUGUAUUGAUUUGAUCGAAGGCAAGCUUGGUGUGUUGGCUUUGCUGGACGAGGAAUCGCGCCUUCCCAUGGGCUCGGACGAUCAAUUCGUCACCAAGCUUCACCACAACUUCUUCGGCGAGAACAAGCACGAGUUCUACCAAAAGCCUCGAUUCGGAAAGUCUGCAUUCACCGUCAAGCAUUAUGCUGUUCCAGUCACCUAUGAGUCUGAAGGCUUCAUCGAGAAAAACCGAGAUACUGUGCCAGACGAGCAUAUGGAAGUGCUCAAGGCCUCAAACAACAAGUUCUUGAUACAAGUCUUGGACGUAGCAGCAUCGAUUCGUGACAAAGAAAAUGCAGCCACCGCCUCAGCGAGGCCCGCCACUGCGGGCAGGAGGGUAGCUGUGAACCGAAAACCAACUCUCGGUGGUAUCUUCAAGUCCUCCCUCAUCGAGCUGAUGAAUACCAUCAACUCUACAGAUGUCCACUACAUCCGAUGCAUCAAGCCAAACGAGGCAAAGGAGGCGUGGAAAUUUGAAGGUCCUAUGGUCCUCAACCAGCUUCGAGCUUGUGGUGUUCUCGAGACGGUCCGCAUCUCUUGUGCCGGUUAUCCCACGCGAUGGACAUACGAGGAAUUUGCUCUGCGCUAUUACAUGCUGACGCCGUCCUCGUCGUGGACACCAGAGAUCCGCAACAUGGCCAAGGCUAUCCUCCACAAGGCUCUAGGUGAUGGCAAGAACGAUGGAACCGACAAAUACCAAAUGGGUCUCACUAAGAUCUUCUUCCGCGCUGGUAUGCUGGCGUUCCUCGAGAACCUGCGCUCGGCACGAUUGAAUGAUGCUGCUAUCAUGAUUCAAAAGAACCUCCGAGCUAAGUAUUACCGCCGUGUAUAUCUAGAGAUGCGCGAGGCCAUCAUUGCUGUCCAAUCUCUAGCUCGAGGUUACAUUACCCGAGAACGCGCAGAAGAAGCUAGGCAGGUCAAGGCUGCAACAACCAUACAGCGUGUGUGGCGUGGCUCUAAGGAUAGGAAACGAUUUCAUCUCGUCAGAAACUCGGUCAUAUUGUUCCAGGCCGCCGCGAAAGGUUAUCUUUGCCGAAAGAACAUUCUCGACAAGCGACUCGGAGAUGCCGCACGCAUCAUCCAACGUAGCUGGAGGUCUCAGCGGCAACUUCAGGCUUGGAGGCAAUACAGGAAGAAGAUCGUUAUUAUUCAGAACCUCUGGAGAGGAAAGACGGCUCGCAAGGAAUACAAGUCUCUCCGUGCCGAAGCUCGCGAUCUCAAGAAUAUUUCCUACAAGCUGGAGAACAAGGUCGUCGAACUCACACAGAAUUUGGGUUCGAUGAGACAAGAAAACAAGUCUCUCAAGCAGCAAGUCGAGAAUUACGAAGGCCAGAUCAAGUCGUACAAGGAACGGAGUCGUGCUCUGGAGAACCGACAAAAGGAGCUCCAGGCAGAAGCCAACCAGGCUGGUAUCACCGCUGCCAAAUUGAGUGCGAUAGAGGAGGAGUUCAAGAAGCUCCAGACCAACUACGACGAGAGCAACUCGAAGAUUCGCCACCUGCAGGAAGAGGAGAAGCAACUCCGCACAUCGCUAAAGCAGACUACAGACGACCUAGAGUCUGCCAAGCGGAGAAGCAACAUCACAGAGACGGAAAAGCUGUCACUGCGACAGCAACUCACCGAUUUGCAAGAGCAAGUCGAGAUCAUGAAGCGAUCUGGACCAAUCAACGGCGGUCAUCUCGAAAAUGGGCAUACCCCCAUGGCGGCAAGUCUCAUCAAUCUCGUCUCAUCGAAGAAGCCCAAGAGGCGAAGUGCUGGGCCCGAUACACGCGAUUUGGACCGCUUCAGCCAGACUUACAGCCCACGCCCUGUCUCAAUGGCUGUUGGCUCUACUGUCCAUCGCCCCAACCUGUCUGGCUCGACAUUCAACCCCAACUUGGACAAUGUCGAGCUUGAGCUCGAAAAUAUCCUUGGUGAUGAGGAUAACCUAAAUGAUGAAGUCACCCUCGGCUUGAUCAAGAACCUCAAGAUCCCCUCACCAACCACCACUCCUCCUCCCACCGACAAGGAGGUCCUCUUCCCUGCUUACCUCAUCAAUCUUGUCACCUCCGAGAUGUGGAACAACGGCUUUGUUAAGGAGUCCGAGCGCUUCCUUGCGAACGUCAUGCAGUCCAUCCAGCAGGAGGUCAUGCAACACGAUGGCGACGAGGCGGUUAACCCCGGCGCUUUCUGGUUGUCCAACGUCCAUGAAAUGCUUUCGUUCGUCUUCCUUGCUGAGGACUGGUACGAGCAGCAAAAAACCGACAACUACGAGUACGACCGUUUGUUGGAGAUCGUCAAGCACGAUUUGGAGAGCCUUGAGUUCAACAUCUACCACACUUGGAUGAAGGUCCUCAAGAAGAAGCUUCAUAAGAUGAUCAUUCCUGCUAUUAUCGAGUCGCAGUCCCUCCCUGGCUUCGUGACCAACGAGAGCAACCGCUUCCUCGGCAAGCUUCUCCAGAGCAACAGCUCUCCUGCCUACAGCAUGGACAACCUGCUUAGCCUGCUCAACAAUGUCUACAAGGCUAUGAAGGCUUACUACCUUGAAGAUUCGAUCGUCACCCAGACAGUUACUGAGCUCCUUAGGCUCGUCGGUGUCACUGCAUUUAACGACUUGCUCAUGAGGCGCAACUUCCUUUCCUGGAAGCGCGGUCUUCAGAUCAACUACAACAUUACCCGUAUCGAGGAAUGGUGCAAGUCCCACGACAUGCCCGAGGGUACCCUUCAGCUUGAGCACUUGAUGCAGGCCACCAAGCUGCUUCAAUUGAAGAAGGCUACCUUGAAUGACAUCGAGAUCAUUCAGGACAUUUGCUGGAUGCUAUCGCCUAAUCAGAUCCAGAAGUUGCUCAAUCAAUACCUUGUCGCAGACUACGAACAACCAAUUAACGGCGAGAUCAUGAAGGCUGUGGCUUCGCGAGUAACCGAGAAGAGCGAUGUUCUGCUGUUGACAGCAGUAGAUAUGGAAGACUCUGGCCCCUAUGAGAUUGCUGAGCCUAGGGUCAUCACGGCUCUAGAGACCUACACUCCUUCUUGGUUGCAAACACCUCGCCUGAAGCGUCUCGCUGAGAUAGUGUCUCAGCAAGCCAUUGCGCAGCAAGAGAAAAUGGAGUUUGAGCACGUCAACGGCGACAUCAUCAACGGCCAGCCCAUGAUUGAGGAAGAAGUGGCAGCGUAA